UCUUAUCUUUUUUUUUUUUUAUUGCCUUUGGAGGCAGACGAGCAUACGGCCCACCUGAUGGUAAGUGGUCACCGUCGCUCAUGGACGUCAGCAAUGCCAGGAGCAGAGCCAAGCCGCUGCCUGCCAUGUAUGCAUUAUCUUUGUCGAAAGCAUUCUCUGGACUAGUCAGCGUAUUCGACUUAAGCAAUAAAAGUAUUGUAUUGUUAUCGGUCCUUAAUAAGUCUCUAAAUAAAGUUAAAAAUACGCUCUGGAAAUUGAAAGGUUCCGAUACCUACUUAUAGUUACCAUAGUUAUUAAGAAAGAAUUAAGGAAUGGUUAUUUUUUGGAUUUCAUUUUAUCUUUAUAGAUUAUUGCGUAAUAUAGCGUUCUUUCAGACUGCAAAUCUUUUGCACACUUUUCAACUAUAUUGAUGUACAAAUUUUACUUUUGACUAGUUUUUGACGGCCAGAAAAGCAUACAGCCCACUCGAGGAUGAGUGGUUACCGUCGCUAAUGGAGAUGAGCAGUGCAGUCAGUAGCAAGUGUCACUUGUACCGCCCGGUAGCGUGGGGUGGCGCGGCAUGGCGCGGCAUGCUGCCCACUGUCCGGUGUAUCUCUCAGCUGCCGUUUACGACAACCAGGGAACAGAUGGGGCGGGAUUGUUCUGUUUCAUUCUGCCUCCGCACGGCGCCUUUCAUUUGUUGACGAGUGUAUGUACAUUUCUUCCAAGCAUUGCGAGGUGCUUUCCAAUUCGAUUUCUUUAUUUCAAUAAUUGGUGAAUAGUUUAUAAUCUACUAGCUGAUCCGGCAAACAUUGUUUUUCCAUAUAUAAGAUUUCUAGGGAAUUUCUAGUGUAGAAAAAAAACUAACUUAUUGUAAGUGUAAUGUGGUAAAUGAGUGAAAGAGGUAUGUAGUGCUGUGAACGAUGAGGGAAUAUAUAAUAAAAAUAACAAAACCUCAUUCAACCACAUAAUACCUCAUUAUAACAAUAAAAAUGUCCAAAUAAAAAAAAAUAUGUUAGGGGUGGACAGCCCUAAUCACUUAGAGGUAUGAAAAAUAGAUAGUAGCGAUUCUCAGGCUUACUGAAUAUGCAUAAAAAUUUUCAUGAGAAUCGGUCAAGCGGUUUCGGAGGAGUAUGGGAACGAACAUUGUGACACGAGAAUUUUAUAUAUUAGAAUAUAUAUAAAAAUGAAUUGCUGUUCGUUAGUCUGGCUAAAACUCGAGAACGAUUGGACCGAUUUGGCUAAUUUUGGUCUUGAAUUAUUUUUGGAAGUCCAGAGAAGGUUUAAAAGGUAGAUAAAUGAAUAUGAAAAUGCUCGGAAUUAAUUAAAGAUAAUUUUGUUUUUCCUUUGAUGUGUCCCCCGUCGGACGGAUUCCUUUUGUUUGUUUUAAGUUUAUUUUAUACAAAAGCUUAGGUCUUUUAUUUAUCGAUUGAGGCACUACGAAGUCUGCCGGGUCGGCUAGUUACUAAAUAAAUAAUACUAUUCAUUUAUAAUAAAUUGAUUAGACAUUAAAAAGCUUAACUCUCAUGCAAAGUGUAAGUUGCCGCGCGUCUCAUGCACUGACAAAAUACGGCGAAACUCAGUGGACUAAUGGUAAGAGCUCUCCUACCUUCACUACCUUCAGACAGGAAAUAUUAACGUUUAAAAUGUUUAUUUUCAUAUACCAUCUGUAGAAUGCCGAUACCCUUCUGAGGUGAUGUAGUACAAAAGGCAUUUCAGGACAAUCAUCAUUAUUAGUUAUUGAUUUCUAAUUUAGUUAACACACCGCGGGCCCACGCAGGGUUGCUUGCUUCACCAUUUUGUGCUUUAUUUGACAUCCCCUUACGUCUUUAAUCAAUGUUUACCAAGUUUUUUUUUAUUAUUGCUUAGAUGGUUAGACGCGCUCACAGCCCACCUGGUGUUAAGUGGUUACUGGAGCCCAUGGACAUCUACAAUGUAAAUGCGCCACCCACCUUGAGAUAUAAGUUCUAAGGUCUCAGUAUAGUUACAACGGCUACCCCACCCUUCAAAUCGAAACGCAUUACUGCUUCACGGCAUAAAUGGGCGGGGUAGUGGUACCUACCCGUGCGGACUCACAAGAGGUCCUACCACCAGUGAUUACGCACAUUAUAAUUUUGCGGGUUUGAUUUUUAUUACACGAUGUUAUUCCUUCACCGUGGAAGUCAAUCGUGAACAUUUGUUUAAGUACGUAUUUCAUUAGAAAAAUUGGUACCCGCCUGCGGGAUUCGAACACCGGUGCAUCGCUACAUACGAAUGCACCGGACGUCUUAUCCUUUAGGCCACGACGACUUCAACAUACCAUUUCAUGCAUAUCAGUUUUUAUUUGUAUUUUAAUUUAAAUGCGAGAACAGAAUAUUAACUAUUAAAACCAUUGCAAGAGUUAGUCUCCGUUAUGAAAUACUAAAGAUCUAUACGAUGCCAACUACCUAGACUAAUGUUUUAGUUAUUUUUAUCAGAAAUAUUCAAAGAAACUUCAAAACAAAUAAUGAGCGAAGUGCAAUUUAUGUGUUCUAGUGAAUGCAGUAUUUCAUCAGUUACGUAAACACGGCUAGUCUUCAACCAUACUGAAACAGUAACGAACGCAUCGACCAGACCCAACAUGUACUCUUUUAUAUUAAUUAAAUUUCACAGAGCGUUGAGAUAUCUGUAGAACUUGGAAAUUGUCGAUGCACGGACAUCGACGAUCGCGCGGCGCGGGCGCCGGGAGGAGGACAGCGGCGCGGGGUAGCGGAUUGACACCGGCUUCGUCACUCCGUGCAGCAACGCCGCCCGCGACACUUACUUGUUUUUAUCUUGUUUUACUCUUUUUAUAAACUUACCAAAUAAUACAGUCCGCUCUUUUAUUUUAUAUAUCACCGGUCUACCCCAGAGCAGUUCGAAACAUGGUCCUUUAGUUUUGUCAGCUUAAAACUCACCGGAAUAAAACCUGUACAACAAACUGUCGGCGUUGGUUGGCCAUUUAAAAACGAACGGACGUUUUACUGUUCACUACGUUGAAGCUGCAAGGAGUCGUGAAUAUUGGACUUCGGAAUAUUGGACUUCGGAAUAUUGGACGGAUUGCAUACCUGAGUGAGUUCGUUCCAAUUAGACAACCUUUAUUCCCUCAUAUUUUUGCCGUUUCGCGCAUUCAAUUUUUUACCUAAUUUUCGCCUCAAUUUGCCAAAAUAAAAACUACCCUCAUCUUACAAUCAAAAUUCAUUCUUAUUCUUUAAUUCUUAUUUAAUUAUUCUUAUUAUUUCUGUUUAUUUUGCUUAUUAUAAUACAUUAUGAGCCAACAUUCUGAGGAUUUAGAUACUCUUAUUAAGCGACGAGGUGCAAUUAAAGCCAAACUUACUAUUUUCAGAAAUUAUAUUAAACCUCUUAGUAGUUUUUCUAGCUUGACCGACUUACAACGUUUUGAGUUGGAAGGACGUUAUGAGCGUAUUCAGUGUUUAUACAACGACUUCGACAAGUUACAGACGGAGAUCGAGACGUUGUUGGACGCACCCGAUGGCGACUUUAAAUCCCGGUGUGAGUUCGAGGACCAAUACCAUCCUACGGUGGCACUGGCGCGAAGCCUGCUUUCAGCAACUACCAACUCAGAAGGUUCAGCUAUGGUGAGAGUGCGUGGUGCCGAUGGCACUAAGCACCCCGCCCGAGUUUUGCUGGACAACGGUAGUACCGCCAACUUUGUCACAGACGCCUUUUCAUCCAAGCUUGGGCUGUCACGACACGGUAGUAGCUCCACUACAAUCACAGGUAUAAACAAUCAGACCUCUUAUAGUACACAGUCUUGUAAUCUCACGCUCGAGUCCUAUUACGGUAAUUAUACAGUCGACUUAGGUUGUCUAAUAUUGCCUGAGGUAACAAAAGUAUUGCCUUCGCGUUUCAUACCUAGAACUCAUGUCCCUCUGCCUUCGGGUCUACAUCUAGCUGACCCUACAUUCAACAUUCCGUCAGUCGUAGAUAUACUUGUAGGGGCUGAAAUCUUUUGGCAAGUAUUAUUACAUAAUACCAUCGAUUUAGGUAAGAAUCAACCUACACUUCACGAAACAAAAUUAGGUUGGAUUGUUUCAGGUCUUGUGGCUUAUUCUCCACGCAUUCAAUCUCAAUCUCACUUCUGUAGUCUUGUCAAAAACGACGUCAAUUUUAAUAUAGAACGUUUUUGGGAACUCGAUUCAGUUCCAUCAAAACACUCACUCACAAAUGAAGAAAAUGCAUGUGAGCAACAUUUUCUUCGUAAUACUUAUAGAAACGACGAUGGCCGCUUUGUAGUUUCUAUUCCAUUAAAAAGGGAUCCUCAAAUAUUAGGAGACUCUCUUCAAAUGGCUAUAAGUCGAUUUUUAUCCUUAGAGCGACGCUUUCAGCGUGAUUUGGGUUUCAAGCAGCGCUACGUAGACUUCAUGCAUGAAUACCUAAAGCUAGGGCAUAUGACUAAGGAAAGUGAAGUUCGCAAUAUUUCAGAGUCAUCUACUGACAAGGGAGUCAGUUAUUUCAUGCCUCAUCAUGGAAUUAUUCGUGAGUCCAGCACAACUACAAAGCUGCGAACGGUCUUCGAUGCAUCUGCGAUCACAACUUCCGGCGUUUCACUGAACGACAUCCAAAUGAUUGGUCCUGUAGUGCAAGACGACUUACUUUCCAUAUUACUACGCUUUCGUCAGCAUAGAUAUGUAAUCUCAGGGGACAUUGAGAAAAUGUAUCGAUCUAUAGAGGUAAACCCCUCGCAGCGAUCUCUUCAGCGCAUUGUUUUCCGCGAUAAUCACAAUGCUGCCCUCAAAGUAUAUUGUUUAAACACGGUGACUUAUGGAACAGCAUCAGCGCCUUACUUAGCCACGAAAUGCCUGACCAGUCUGGCUUCGUCAGCUGUAAGUGAAGACGUCAAACAUGCAAUAAUUCACGACUUUUACGUUGACGAUCUUUUAAGCGGUAAUAGCACUCUCUCAGGUACUAUUGAGUUGUGUAAAGGCGUGAUUGAUACUUUGUCAUCAGCUCAAUUUCAUUUACGUAAAUUUAAAUCAAAUGAUUCUCGUAUCUUAUCAGCAAUAAUGUCAGAACGUGGCGACGCUUCCACUGACAAUAUGUUAGACUUAAAUAGUGACGUCAACACUUCAUCUAAAACAUUAGGUUUGCAAUGGUGUUGCAAUGUUGAUAUGCUUUCUUUUUCCAUUAAUAUUGACAUCUGUAGUAAAAUUACAAAGCGUCACGUGUUGUCGGUUGUAAGUCAAAUUUUCGACCCACUAGGCCUGGUAAGUCCGUGCGUUGUCGAAGCAAAAAUUCUCAUGCAACGACUUUGGAUCGACAAGUACAACUGGGACGACGUAGUGUCUCAAGAACUUAGGGAUAUUUGGUCUUCCUUUACUAGUACUUUAUCUUCUCUCAAUCAGCUGAAGAUACCUAGAUUUAUUUCAUGUAGUGACUCAACAAAUAACGAAAUUCAUGUCUUUUGCGACGCUUCAGAGAAGGUUUACGGUGCGUGUCUUUAUAUCCGUUCAAUUAAAGCUUCAGGUUCUAUUUGCGUACGACUUUUGGCUUCAAAAAGUCGCAUAGCUCCUAUUAAGCCCACCACAAUACCGCGACUUGAGCUUUGCGGAGCGUCAGCAGCUACAAGACUGUGUACCAAAGUUCGUGACUCUCUAACCAUGCGUAUAGACAACGUUUAUUUCUGGUGCGAUUCCACAAUUGUAUUGGCGUGGUUGUCGACGUCGCCUAAUCGACUUAAGCCUUUUGUGCGCAACAGAGUCAACGAAAUUCAAGAGAGUACGAUUGGUUGUACUUGGAGCUACGUGCCGUCGAAGGACAACCCGGCGGAUCUUGUUUCCCGUGGGCUGAAGGCUGAUGCUAUCAGCACCAGUUCGCUGUGGUGGUCGGGCCCGUCUUAUCUAUUUAAAUCACAAGAAUAUUGGCCACAAAAACCCAAUAUGAAACAAGAUCUACCAGACGUAGUUUGUCAUGUAGUUAGUAGUAAUGUCGAUACGCUUCAUACUAAUAAAACUCAUGGUAGUUCCAUAAUUCAUCAUCUUAUUACUAAAUAUUCAAAUUUACGCUAUUUACAAAGAGUAGUUGCUUACAUACUUAGAGCGAUAUAUAACUUUAAAAACAAAUCAAAUAAAAAUAUAGCUAAUCUAUCUAAUGAAGAACUACAAAUCUCAUUAAAUCUCAUUAUACAUAAUGCUCAACUUCAAAUGUUCCCCGAAGAAUAUUUUAUAUUGAAAUCAGGGAAGUCCCUACAACGUAGCAGUCGUCUUAUUUCAUUAACACCAUUUAUAGACAGUAAUUCAAUUUUACGCGUUGGUGGUAGGCUUGACAACUCCCCAUAUGACUUUAAUAUAAAACACCCUAUAGUUCUUUGCAGUAAACACGCUUUGACUAAAUUAAUAUUCCAUUUUGAACAUUUGCAUCUCUUACAUGCUGGACCACAGCUCUUACUAACUCACAUACGCCAGAGUUACUGGCCCUUAGGAGGCAGAAAUCUGUCUAAGACUGUCGUCAGAAACUGCUUAAAAUGUUUUAGGUAUAGAGCACAAAAUGUUCAACCUAUCAUGGGUCAAUUACCUAAAACUCGUACUGAUUUACAAUUUCCUUUCUUGAAUUGUAGUGUGGAUUAUGCUGGGCCAAUUUUGAUCGCUGAUCGUAAAGGGCGAGGCUGUAAAUUAGUAAAAUCAUACUUAUGCAUUUUUGUGUGCCUUGCAGUAAAAGCUGUUCAUAUCGAGCUCGUCACCGCAUUGUCAUCGGAGGCGUACAUAGCUGCUCUCAAAAGAUUCGUGUCUCGUCGAGGCAAGCCCCGCAGCAUAUGGUCCGACAAUGGGACAAAUUUUGUUGGUGCUUGCAACGAACUCAAAGGCGUCCUUUCAAACUCAGACAUUGCGUCAUUCAUGUCUCAAGAAGGCAUAGAUUUUAGUUUUUCUCCACCUUAUUCCCCUCAUUUUAAUGGUCUGGCUGAAGCAGCGGUUAAGGCCACUAAAGGCCAUCUCAAAAAACUCCUCAGUCUUACUCACCUCACGUAUGAAGAAAUGUCUUCGUGCUUAUGUCAAAUUGAGGCCAUUCUAAAUUCCCGUCCACUUACUCCUAUUUCCUCUGAUCCGUUAGAUUUAACUGCCCUUACUCCUGCUCACUUUCUGAUUGGACGACCGCUCACGUCAGUUCCGCACCCGCAGAUUACCGACGGCAACAUCACGCGCUUGGAGCGCUACCAACGAGUGGAACUCAUCAGGCAGCAUUUUUGGAAGCGCUUUAUUAAUGAAUACAUUUCUCUGCUGCAGCAGAAAUCUAAAUGGUCCACCUCUACAGGGAGCUUGAUACCAGGGACGCUAGUCCUUGUGAAGGACAGGACGCUACCGGCUCUGUUGUGGCCUUUGGGCCGCAUUACCAAGACGUAUCCGGGCAGCGACGGCAUCACACGGGUCGCAGAGGUCAAGACGAGGACGGGGACCGUGGUGCGAGGCUUCAACUCCAUCUGCCCCCUCCCUCUUCAUUGAAGUACCCAUAUAUACUUCAACCCGGGCAGUCUGUCGAUGCACGGACAUCGACGAUCGCGCGGCGCGGGCGCCGGGAGGAGGACAGCGGCGCGGGGUAGCGGAUUGACACCGGCUUCGUCACUCCGUGCAGCAACGCCGCCCGCGACACUUACUUGUUUUUAUCUUGUUUUACUCUUUUUAUAAACUUACCAAAUAAUACA